AAAAAGAAUGUAACUUUAAAGAAAGAAGGAAACAUCAUCAGAAGCUUCUCUCUCAGAUUGACAGAAGAAUAAGAUUCGAAGCUCCUCUUUCUUCUGUUAAAGAAAUAUGUUGUGUAGAAUGGUGGUGGUUACUGGCCGGAAAAAGAAACCCGGUUCGGUUCCGGUUUAUCUGAAUGUAUACGAUCUCACACCCAUCAAUGGUUAUGCUUACUGGUUAGGACUUGGGAUCUAUCACUCUGGUGUUGAAGUUCAUGGGGUUGAAUAUGGUUUCGGAGCUCAUGAGCAUUCGACGACGGGGAUUUUCGAGGUGGAACCGAAGCAAUGUCCGGGUUUUACAUUCAGGAAGUCUAUAUUGAUUGGAAGAACUGAUUUGGAUCCUGAAAACUUGACUCGAAGAUCGAUCCCUAGUUGGGUUAACCGUCUUGCUCGCUUCGGUUUGUUUUGCAAUUGUGUUCUGCCGGCGGAGCUGAAUGAGACAAAGGUGAGGCAGGUGAGAUCAAAGGAGGAGAAGAUUCCGGAAGCUGAGAAGAAGAAACUUCGGAGUAGAUCAAGUAGAUUUCCACCUGAGCCUUCGCUUUCUUCAUCGGGUUCUUUAAACCGAAGCAGAAGAGGGGAAAGGAGAAGACAGUGUCUUCCUCCAUCACCAACUGUGAGUGUUUAGCUCUAGUCCUAGUAAUAUUAUACCCCGCCUUUUUGUUUCGCAAUUUGAUUCGGUAGUCAUUGUCCCAAGAAGUUGUGUUUAAGCUACAAGAUAUGGAUCGGACAAAUAUUUUAUUGAUGGUAGUAAUGGUAUAAGAUCUUCACAUUACAUAGUUUUGAACUAUAAAAUUAUUAAGUAAAG